AUGGAAGGGGGCUUUGUUUGUAGUAAGCCAAUAGGACAGCUGUUGUACGAUGGCUCACUUACCAUGUUCGGCGUGCUAGUAAGGGCGAGAGACUAUGUCUUCUUUGAGCGGAAUCCAUUCGUACAGAUUCUGUAUUUUACUGCCAUGGGAUCGUGCUACUAUUUGUACUUACGCGAGGCACACCCGUUGUUGCCUAACGAAUAUGUCGGGGGUUACCACAAAUGGCUGGGAACAUUUUUAUUCCUAGCAUCCAUCACGCUAUAUGUCGUCAUGACAAUAAGUGAUCCAGGCGUGAUCCGACAUGAGAACAUUCACACAUUUAAGCAAUAUGUGAAUCAUCCUGUUUUGUAUCCAGAAGGAAAAUACUGCCGCACAUGCAAGAUUUUAAAGUUACCACGAUCGAAGCAUUGUCGAAUGUGUAAUCACUGCGUUGGUAGAUUCGACCACCAUUGCAUCUGGUUUAAUGGCUGCGUUGGUGAGAAGAACUACAAAUUUUUUCUUGUGUACUUGCUGAGUCAACUCGCUGUAUGUAUCGAGGGUUUCUUUGUCACGACUAGUGUAUUUAUUACGCAGACAGACGAUCUCUUGCGUUCACGCGGUGUCACCAUGGAGUCUGUUGGUCGAAGGGAGACUGCUAAGAUCUUGCAGUCUUUUAUUGCAAACAAUCAAGGAUUGGGAUUUGUCACUGCAAUGUGCUUUCUAAGCGGCAUUCUUGUCUGGUUCUUUCUCCUCGUUCAAAUCAAGCGCAUUGCUCAAAAUGAGACGGCAAAUGAAUCGUUUAAACGAGAAGACUUGCGUGAGAAAGCAGAGCUUGACGGUGAGACGUCGGGCCUUCAAAUGUUCCGAUUUCUUUUCAAACGUCUGAAUUUCCGAAAGCGCUUGAAAAAGACUAUACCACGGCAUGAGUUGAAAAAGACAUUAGAUGCAUCCUGGGGUGGCCUUUUCUCACCAGAUACUAUCAUGAACACCGAAGAGAGUUUCUCAGUGGAUGAUGUCAAUUUUAACCCAUAUCGUCUUGGGUCGUUCAAAGAAAAUUUAAUUGAUGCUCUACAAUAUCGUAGCAGUAUGGAUAAAGCGAAAAAGCAUUAG